CACUUAUGUGAUUUGACUCGGACUGGAACUUAAUCGCAAGUCAUCAGGGAAUAGUGGAUAUAAGAGUGGCUAGGAGUGGACAUGCAGGGCGAGACACCGGCGAUCGAGGGAGGCAGGGGCUUAUUAGUCCGUUAGAUCGACGAGACCAUGUACAAGUACGUACUGUAAACGUCGACAGCCAUGGGAUGGAAUCAAGAAACUGGGCUACAGUGGGCAAGUCAAAGAAUGGACGGGCGGGGUCUGUGGCAGUUGCACAUAGCACAGGCCAGGUAACCAAGAACGUGAUACUGGCAUCGGGACUGGCGUUGGCACUGGCACUGGCACUGGCACUGGCACUGGCACUGGUAGCGGAAGAGAUGAAUGUAACUAACGGCCACGCCCUUACGACAGGAAUGGGGUGGGAAUCUGAGUGGCGUUGUCGGGGAGGCAAUGGUCGCGCCGCGAAAAAGCAAAACAAAUCAAGACAAGACAGGACAGGUUCGUAUAGACCACCACCAAGCACAGCGGCUCUAAUGGGCCUUGACUCUUUUCGACCUCAAGGUUGGAGGCUGCUGAUCCUUGGGCGAAGAAACCAAGGAAGAAUCGCAAGGGAGGACAAGAAGGGAGUUGUCUGUGUUGCCCAUGAGCAUUGUAACCUCCAUCUCGGGUUGCAGGCUGCUGGAAUCUGUUGUGGCAUCUCUACAUAUCACAUCACAUCUCCACUUGGAGAACGCGAACAUGCCCGCGGCUUUCACAAAAAGCUCAAGCGGGAAAAUGCCGCGAGCGACUGUCCGCGAACGGCAACUAUGCAGGGCUGGGAAGCUGAAUGCCCGCCAAGACAGAACUUUCACUUGAAGCUACCAUCAGUAAGGAAAGACAACUGAAUUCCACUUAGCGUGCGUCCAGACAAGUAAGCAACACUGGACAUGAUGUUCCAGUGUGCCAAGACAUUAUCAACAAGGGCGCAAAUAGCGGCUGGGCAUUGAACUCGUCGACGCCAUGGGAUAGACAGUUUUGCGUCAGUGAGAUGAUUAGAUCCUCAAAAGGCGGGCGAGUUAGUGCUGGUGCAUGAUCCGGGAAUAAUUAGAUCUGCUCCUCUGAUCGCAAAGCAUCACUGGAUGUGAUCAUAGUCAGUCAGUAAGCACCUUGACCUGUUUAGCAACAUUGUUGCGAUGGCACCGUGGCUGAAACGAAAGACUGGUAUGCAAGCUAAACUCUGAUCCCCAUUGUAGAGUCUCGGCCCCGAAUUGGUCAAGACAGAGUAGAGCUUCUCUCUAAGCUGUCGUUUAUACGCAAUUGUGCCGGGGAA